UGUCCAGAGCAGAAGCAGUUCCCGUUACUGUGAGCAGCAUGAUCGACAGUGGUGAUUUCCGCUCUCACAUGGGUGAUGCUACCUAUCACACAUUGAAUGGAAGGAUGAGUCCGAACUACAGUCCAAACAAUAGCUAUGCGACGCUAACGCCAUUGCAGCCGCUGCCACCUAUUUCUACAGUUUCAGAUAAAUUUAGUCAUGUUCCUUCAUCAAAUGUUAGCGGAAGUUUUACUUUAAUGCCACAAAAUAAUGGACUUGGAAAUGUGAUGGAUAUGAGUGCUUACCGUUAUGAUAAAAUGAGUAUGGGAAUGAACAUGGGACCGACAUUAGGAGCUACGCCAAUGACAAUGAUGUCACCCAAUACACUUCAAUCAUAUCAACAACACGGAUUCACAUCAUACGGUUAUGGACAAAAUGGAUUAGGAUCGCCAGUAAAAUCAGAACAUUGUCACAAGAUGAUAUCACCAAAUUCGUUUGACUCGUAUGUUGGAUCUCCUAUGCGUAUUGAAUCUAAUUCAUCUAGGUUACAUUCACCAAAUAUCAUGAUGUCACCAAUGAAUGGAAUUCAUCACUCGGCACCUACACCUUCACCUCAUAGUGAUAGCCCUCAAAGAGAUCUCAGAGCAACUACGUCAGGACUGGAAUCUCCUGACAAACAAGAUUUAGAAGAAAUAAAUACAAAGGAAUUGGCCCAAAGAAUAAGCAGCGAAUUAAAAAGAUACAGCAUACCACAAGCAGUUUUUGCGCAGAGAGUUUUGUGUCGGAGUCAGGGAACCUUGAGUGACCUACUUCGAAAUCCAAAACCAUGGAGCAAGUUGAAGUCGGGUCGAGAAACGUUCAGGAGAAUGUGGAAAUGGUUGCAGGAACCAGAAUUUCAGAGAAUGUCAGCCUUACGUUUAGCAGCCUGCAAGCGAAAAGAACAAGAACCAGAUAAAUCUAUUGAAGAUCCAAGAUCCCCUAAAAAACCACGCUUGGUGUUCACAGAUAUACAGCGCAGAACACUUCAUGCAAUAUUUAAGGAAACUAAACGUCCUUCAAAAGAAAUGCAGACCACAAUUGCACAACAACUUGGACUUGAAGUGACGACAGUCGCUAAUUUCUUUAUGAAUGCCAGAAGGCGUUCGUUAGAUAAGUGGCAAGACGACAAUGGAAAUAAUAAUCGUGAAAGUGCGUCCUCGUGUACGAAAAGUUAACCAUUUUAGUGUUAAAAUAUCCUUUCUACGGACCUCAUAACAACAAACAAUAUUUUUUUCAUCGUCAUCAAAACAAACUUGUCAUCUAUGAUGCAAACCCCCCCAAAAGACAAUUGUGGUUUAUAAAAUAGUGUGGGUUCUUUAUACGCCCUAAUUAUCAUAUUGUAUAUUCAAUAAGUAAUUGUUAUUUGUGUGUUAAAUCAUGAUUUUUUAACUUAUUUUUAAACUAACUAAUGACUGGAUUUGGUCAUAUUGAAUCAGGUUAUUGAUGUGAAAUUCUUUAUCAAUGACAAUAUCUUGGAAUCUCAGAAUGUUUAUCAAUAAUCUUUAUUUCUUAGUAUU